AUGAACCAGAUCAAACAGGUCCAGCGCCUCAACGAGCGCGAACUCGAAAAGGUCGUNCCCCCCAACGCAUCCUGGCACACCGACUACCGCGACACGGCCUACAUCUACGUCGGCGGCCUGAACCUCGACCUGUCCGAAGGAGACAUCAUCACAAUCUUCUCCCAGUAUGGCGAGCCCGUCUGGAUCCGCCUCAUGCGCGACAAGGAAACUGGAAAGAGCAAGGGCUUUUGUUGGUUGAAGUACGAGGAUCAGAGGAGUUGCGAUCUGGCUGUCGACAAUCUCGGCGGCGCGACCGUCAUGGGCAAAAUGCUUGCUGUCGACCACACCCGAUACAAGAAGCGAGAUGACGAGGAUGAAGACGAAGGAUACGUUGGACAGGACAAACAGAUCGCUGGCGCAGAAGCCGAGGAGUCAGAAGCCGAAGAGGAACGUAGACCUCUGAUCAAGGAAGAGAUUGAAUUGGCCAAACUCAUGCGCGAUAUGGAAGACGACGACCCUAUGAAAGCAUACAUGAUUGAGCAAAAGAAGGAAGAGGUUGAGAAAGCUCUGGCAAAAUCAGCAUCAUCAUCAUCCAGGAAACACGACGACUCGCGCCGUGAAAAGAGACAUCACCGCUCAAGGCGCGACCACGACGACGAAGACCGACACAAAAGACACAGAAGAGCAUCAUCGCGCGAUGAUCGAGACGACAGACGCGAACAUAAAGAUGGCCAUCGUUCCCAUAGACGCCGUUCGGUGUCUCCUCGCCGCGACCGCUCGGUAUCUCCCCGAAGAGACAGACAUCGCUCCACCAGAGACCACGACAAUUCUCCACCCAAACGCGAGAGAGACAGCAGACGAAGGGACUACUCGAGAUCACCUACGCCCCCUGCCAAAGAACGUGAUUAUCCGCGCAAAGAGCGCAGGCGUUCCUCUACUCCACGCCGUAAACAGGAUUCGAGAAGCAUAUCUCCCAGACCUAGACGCUGA